AUGUUUGACUGUAGCUCCACUUUAGUCUCAUCUGUCCACAGGACCUUCUCCAAGAAGGAUGUUGGCUUCCUCAGCAGCAGGGUCCUCCUGGCGGAAGUGAAGGAGGACGUCUCUAUGGCGCGCGCUCACGAGCCGGAAGUGCAGUUCUCAGCAACUGCCAGCAGGGAGCAUCGCCUAAGCCUUAAGAGGAGGCCCAGAGCUGCCGUCGGCGAUGCGGAGAAAGCACAAAGUGACGUUUCAUCCAUCCAGUGGCCUUCAGCAGAGUCAUCUAGCAGCGAUGACACAAGACUACUGGGAAUGUCCUCUGCACCCAAGGGCCGCCCUCCUCUUCCUCCACCUCAUGGAUCCACCGCUGAUAAAAAUCAUUCCAGGAAUGAUGGACCUCCUGUCACUAGAUCUCCAUCUUUGCAAAAACAGAACCCAGUGUUGGAGAACCUCAACCUGGAGCAGGAGUUAGCAAGCCACCUUCAGUCUGGUUCCCGCCGUCGACUGGCCAGCUUUGGAGGGGUGAGCUCGCCUGGCUCGCUUUCUCGCUUCACCGGUCUGGGUGCUUAUAAUGACCCCAACAACAGUAGCAAACCGUCCAGCACAGGUAGCGAUAUGUACGGACACCUUGGCAGCAGAGGCAGCAUAGGUUGCCUCCAGGUGAGCCCGCAGAGCUCCGGAAGAAGUACCCCGGUGACAAGUCCCCAGCAGCUACAGAGUGUCCGGGAUCAGAUGGUGGUGGCUCUGCAGAAGCUGAGGGAGAUGGAGGAACAGGUAAAGAUAAUCCCUGUCCUCAAGGUGAAGAUCUUAGUCCUUCAGGAGGAGAAGAAGAAGCUGGCCUCUCAACUCAAGAACCAAAAUAAGGACACAGAGACGAGUACCGACGAAGGUGUUCUCAUCAAGGAGAAGCAUAACUGCUCCGACUUCAGCGACCUAGAUGAUGAGAUGAUGGCACUCGAAAGAGCCAUCGAGAGUGGACAUUUUCCAGCGUGGCAAGGAAAAAGCCACAUGAACGAUGGAGAUUCUGUAAAAGAAGCAAUGGAAAACAACAAAGCACGUAACACAGAACUGGAAAAAGAGGUUGAAUCUCAACAACAAAUUAUUGGCGCUUUAAAGGAGAAGAUACGUCACAUGGAGGCCGAGUUAAAGGAAUCUGCUCUCCAGGUGGAGAUGAGUCGUCUGAAACUGGAGCUUCAAGCUGCAGAAGCCAGAAACAGAGCUGAUAAAGCCUCCUCUGCCCGGCCGUCCACGGCGAGCAGCAGUACCCAGGCCGGGCCCCAAACUGCCAGCCAGGGGGUGGGCAACCACAUCCAGCUCAGAGACGCCAGCACAGGGGACGUGAUAGAAGUGAAGAACGUGGCUGUGUCGUGUUGUGGGCCGGACUUGAAGAACAUAGGCUCAGGAUCCGAUCUACCCAUGAGCCACUGGGAGGUCAGAGAGCGAGUGGAAACCAAGGAGAUGGGUGCAGGAGUCCACAUUUCAACAAGCUCUCAAGGAGUCGGGGUGGAGGUGAAGGUUUGUGAUGCAGAAAGCAACACAGAAGCAUCAUGGGAAAAUCCGCAGCCUAAGAAUUUAAAGUCAGUCGCAUGUGGAGAUUGUUCUGUUAAUGUCAUUGUCCGUGAAGCGAAGAUCAUGGUCUCAAAAGGUGUGGCCACAGAUCCAGUCAAAGGGGUCUCUCUUGGACUCACGGCGUCAUCCCAGCGCAGCAACACCUCACUCAGCUCCGUGUCUCGCUUCACUAACACCAGACAUGCCUUCAACAUGGACUCCAGCACCAACACUGUCCUCAAAAGCCAACACAAGCACACCAACACCUCCAAGGCCGCCACCACCAGGACGGUGUCCGUCGGCAGCAGGCUCAAAGACAUCAAGGGCAUCCCAAAGACACGUACAGUUGGCGUGGGAACGAGCCCACUGGAGGGAUAUACUCCUAAACAAAAUACUCGAGACAUUGGUGUUGGGUUUGCUAGCAUUUAUGAAAACUUCCUGGUGGGACUUAAAACCCAAAACAUGGCUUCUGGACCGUCCCAUCUGCCCGACCCAUUAAAAACGAGAAGUAUCGGCGUAGGGGAGGGCAGGAUACGGGAUCUGUCAGGUCCAAACAGUCAAGAAGUUGCAUUGUCCCAGAAUAAUUCAGAGCUGGACGGUUGCGUAGAAAAAACUCCAAGAGUCCUCAAUGAGCGUGGAAAUCCUCUCACGGAGGCAGGCUGGAUUCACCACAACAACAAGCAGGGGACCAACUCAACACUAUCAUCCAAUGACAAAGGUGGGGUCCAAGCAGGUGGAGAAGUCCAUCCAUUUGACUCAGCCAACCGAGAAAGUCAAGCCCCGCCUAAGAUGCCGGCAGACUCUUCUAAUUGCGACCAGGCCGAUUCUGGACUGAGUCCGCAGGGCGGUUACGACUCGGAAGUGAAAAGAAUGAUACAGCUGUUAGAACAACAGACGUCAUCCGCUAUGAGAGAUGGAUCACAUGUGCAGAAGAAGAAAGAAAAGAAGAAAGAAGGAGAUCAAAGUUGCAGCAACAGCAGAAGAAACAUGAGAUUCAUGAAGGUGACCAGUGGGUUGAACCCUGUGUCACAUGACAAAAAGGAGGCGGAGCGAGGGCCAAUCAGGAAGUCUCCUCAGGAUGUGGUACCAGCCAGACGGCUCAAGAGCGCCACCACCAAGGCGACCAAAGGCUCCCCAAAAUCUCAAAUCACCAAGAGGUGCAAGUUCUCUGAGAAGAUGCUGUCAGCGUGCCACGCCCUGAAGACACACCUGAAUGAGGGCAAACGUUUACCCAGCAGGGAGUUGCGUGAGGUGCAAGAAGAGUGGAUGUCAGUGUCCAGCAUGAAGAGUGCGAGUGCAGACUUGGUAGAAGACUUCAUGUCCAACUUGAGGAUGAUUUCUCCCUGGCUGCUGCGUCACGUGGUCAACAUGGCCGACAGCAACGGCAACACAGCUCUGCACUACAGCGUCUCACACUCCAACUUCCACGUGGUGCACAAGCUGCUGGAUGGAGACGUGUGUGACAUCAACAAGCAGAACAAGGCAGGCUACACGCCCAUCAUGCUAGCCGCCCUCGCCGCAGCAGACCAAGCAGAGGACAUGAUGGUGGUGGAACAUCUCUUUGACAGAGGAGACGUCAACGCUAAAGCUAGCCAGGCUGGUCAGACGGCUCUGAUGCUGGCGGUCAGUCACAGCCGUGUGGACAUGGUGCGAGCCCUCCUGGCCCGCGGGGCAAAGGUCAACCUUCAAGACGACGAGGGCUCCACGGCGCUCAUGUGUGCCAGCGAGCACGGACACACCGCCAUGGUCAAGUUGCUGCUGGACCAGCCCGACUGUGACGCCAUGCUGCAGGACAGCGACCAGAGCACCGCCUUGUCCAUCGCCAUGGAGACGGGCCAUCACGACAUUGCGGUGCUUCUGUACGCACGCACCAACUUCUCCUGAGGACUCAGUGAGCACCCUACAGGGGUCCCCACAUCUCCGGUCCCUUCCAGGUGGGGUCCCCACAUCUGCAGUCCCCCUCCAGGGGGGUCCCUACAUCUGCGGUUCCUUCCAGGGGGUCCCCACAUCUGUGGUCCCUUCCAGGGGCCCCCACAUCUGCAGUCCCCCUCCAGGGGGUCCCUACAUCUGCGGUUCCUUCCAGGGGGUCCCCACAUCUGUUGUCCCUUCCAAGGGAGGUCCCCACAUCUGUGGUCCCUUCCAGGGGCCCCCACAUCUGCAGUCCCCCUCCAGGGGGUCCCUACAUCUGCGGUUCCUUCCAGGGGGUCCCCACAUCUGUUGUCCCUUCCAAGGGAGGUCCCCACAUCUGCGGUCCCUUCCAGGGGCCCUCACAUCUGCAGUCCCCCUCCAGGGGGGUCCCUACAUCUGCGGUUCCUUCCAGGGGGGGUCCCCACAUCUGUGGUCCCUUCCAGGGGGGGUCCCCACAUCUGCGGUUCCUUCCAGGGGGGUCCCCACAUCUGUGGUCCCUUCCAGGGGCUCCCACAUCUGCGGUAUAUAAAAAAAACUUUGAUUGAUUGCUCCAAAAUAUUAUGCAUGUAAUGAGUAGUUUGGUUACUGAGCUGCCAUGUGGUGAUAUCCUUUACACACGGAUGUGGCUUGUUGAUGCAGUGAGGGAUGGAAGGUGUGUGCUUACCUGCAGUGAUUUCUCCACAUUCUCUGCACCUUCUGAUGAUAUUACGGUGAAAUCCCUACAUUCCUUGUUGAGAAAUGUUGUUCUUAAACAAUUUGCUCAGGCAUUUGUUGACAAAGUGGUGACCCUUGACCUGUGACCCUUGACCUGUGACCCUCGCCCCGUCCUUGUUUGUGAAUGAUGGAAGCUGCUUUUAUAGCCAAUCAUGGCACCCACCUGUUCCCAAUUAGCCUGUUCACCUGUGGGAUGUUCCAAAUAAAUCUUUGAUGAGCAUU